CAGCCAGAUUGCUGCCUCCUGCGACCGUACCACCGCCCUUGGCCGUCACCUUGCAAUGGAAGCCUUCAAAGUUUCCGCCAAUUUCUUCCUCCAACUCUGGCAGGUUUUUGCCAAGGACGUGGUCGCCACCCUCGAUUUGACUCUCGUCUUCGCGGAGUUUCUGCACCUCCUCUUCUCCGCUCAGGCUUCCGAGCUCGAAUUACGGGAAGAACUGAACAACAACGACGCCAGUUACGCUCUCCAACAACACCGAUGUGCCCUAUCGUUUAUAUCGGUUUAUAAGCUUUAUCGUAGAGCAUAUGCACUGAUACCUACUGAUUCGGCUGCACGGAAACAUGUCCGCUCUUUUGACCCAACCUGGGUAACUCAUCUUUACCAGAAGGCCACAUUCUUUCAGGCAGAGGCUCGUCAGAGGCAAUCAUCCAUCCUACCCGAAUCCGAGCGACCUGGAGUAUACUCAAAGGUCGAAUCUUGUGCUCUUGAUCAUGAUGCAGAAUGUAUCCCUGAGAUAAUAGUUAGAGGGAUUUGCUGCAGGCCCUCGAAGAAACACAAGCUGAUGUACGGAGAACGAAAACGAACACGAAAACAAACGUACAUUGACCUCAACCUCUCGGAGUACAAUCCUUUCAAGAUGAUGAAGUAUGGAAAGCUGGUGGCUUACCCAUGGGACAUGCCUCCUCCUUAUCCAACAAAUUCGGCAAUCCUCCAAUCUUCCUUGUCUUCUUCAUCGUCAGAUAUUCUUGCAUUCCUUCCUUUGAAGAAGAGCGAGUCCUUGAAUCUCUAUGAGUCCCUGCGCAGUUACUUUGUCCUCAAAUACUCUGAGAGCAUGGCAAAGAGAGUAGAAGGCCUUGUCGCAAUGGUACACAAAUUGCGCAAUCAGAUGCUGCGUGAUGACCUUUCGCCACCCCUUCGCCGUGACUGCCUCAUGCGUUAUUACAAAUGCCUUUGCAUGAUUGAGCCUGUCUUCCCUAUGAAUGCCUCACCCAACCCGCCUAUCUUUGUUUGGUACAAUGCCAUCAACCCUCAACAGCACUCUUCUCAGCAUAACAUCCAUUUGGAGAAGACCUCUGUUCUCUUCAACCUGGGAGCCCUCUGCACCCACAUUGCUCUCUCCUGCGAUCUAGAUGGUAUAAAAUAUUUACAUCUAUAG